UGGCAAAGGAAUUGAACUGACGUUGAAACCCCAGCCGUAGGAAGAGAUUCCUCAUGUGCAGCAGGUGGAGGAAUACUUUUGCGGAAUGGAUGUCUUCUUUAAUUCUAUCUGAGUAAUUCUCUUCGAGAUUGAGGUGGACGUUGCAUAUGCAGAUCAGUGAUAUCUCAUUUAUACAAAAUCUAGUUGUUGUUUUGCUUUCUUGUUUUCCAUUUGUUAUUAUCUUGUUUGAUGAAAAUCGAGAAAUGAAAGAAAAAAGAAAAUAUAUUCACCACCAGGCCAGGACUCGUGUCAUUCUGCUUGCUUUUGUAUGUAGCAAGCGUGUCAUUACUACAUAGCUUUCUCUUCCUGCUUUGCCGCGUCUGUAUUCUUACGUGUCUCUUUCUCCUUUCUUCUGCUUCCUCACUCACUGUCACUAUUUUGCACUAUAAAUAUGUUUUCUACAUGUGCCGUGUCUCAGUUGAGUGCUGAGCAGAGUGGGAUAUCGAGAGUUUGUAGGCUUGGUAAAGAAAACCAUCCUUGUUAGACAGGAAAGAAAGGGGUUACUACUUCAAGCCAGAAGAAUGUCUUCUGAUCAAGAAAGAGCUGAACUUGACGCUAGAGCUAAGCGAGGAGAGACUGUUGUUCCUGGUGGAACUGGUGGCAAGAGUCUUGAAGCUCAAGAACACCUUGCUGAAGGGCGGAGCCGCGGUGGACAGACGAGAAGGGAGCAGCUGGGAACUGAGGGCUACAAGGAGCUAGGUCACAAAGGAGGGGAAACCAGAAGGGAGCAGAUUGGGACUGAAGGGUAUCAGGAAAUGGGACGCAAAGGUGGACUUAGCACUAUUGACAAGUCCGGUGGAGAACGUGCUGCUGAGGAAGGGAUCGAAAUUGACGAGUCCAAGUACAAAGCCCGUAGUUAGCCCGUAAUUAGGAUCUUCGGUCUUUGUUUUCCAGUAGUUGUUCGUCUUUCUAGUACUUAGUUUUUUCAUGGCAGUAGUAGGGAUAGUGCAUAGACAUGUUACUUCUCGUUCUAGUUUGUUUGUUUGUUUGUUUAAAUGACUUUGAGCAGUGCAAUACGUGUGGUACCUGUUGUACUGUAGAAAGUUUUAUGUAGGUUAGCUUCUCCUCUUAUCUGGCACAGGCCUCCCGUUCCCGUCAUCCAUGGCUGUUUUUGUGGCCUUUUGUUACAGUAUGCAGUGUCUGUUAUAUGUGCUAGCAGUUAAAAGCUUGUAGUUUGUGUACGAAAUACAGAUGGUCACUUUUGUUA